AAUAUCAUAACUUUUUCAAAUAUAAAUAUAUUAUAUUGAAAAAUAAACAUUAAGUUGAUGAAUUUAUUAGACCGUUUUAGGUGAUUAAUAAGAAUUGUGAUUUUCAAUUCCAAUUUUUGUAACCGAUAAAACCAUCAAUUUUCUUAAUAAUUGUAAUUAAACUCAUUUAAACUCAAUUUUUGAAUAAUAUAGCAACUAAUGUCAACUUCCUCUUGCCUACAAAUAAGAUUUAACAGUAAUUUGCACUAAUCAUUUUCUUCCCUCCAUAGUUGUGUUUGUGGUGAAUGGCUCAAAAUAAUGGUGGAGAAGAUUGCAGCAAAGGUUGCAAGAAAUGUUGCAAAAAGAUAGUAGAGGUGCAGGUUCAGCCACACCCAGUAAAAGAUCAAUUGCCCGGAGUUCAAUAUUGCAUCAACAGUCCUCCUCCAUGGCCUGAAGCAUUUUUGUUGGGGUUCCAGCAUUACAUUUUGACUCUUGGCAUGAUUGUCCUGAUUCCAACCAUAAUUGUUCCUCAAAUGGGUGGAGGAGAUGCUGAGAAGGUGAGGGUGAUUCAGACCCUUCUCUUUGUUGCAGGGUUAAGCACCAUUCUUCAAUCUUUGUUUGGAACCAGAUUGCCAACAGUUAUUGCUGGUUCAUACAGUUACAUAAUACCAGUCAUUUCAAUAGUUCAAGCUAAAAGAUAUGAUUUAUAUACAGAUCCUUAUGAGAGAUUCACUCAGACAAUGAGAGGGAUUCAAGGUGCCUUGAUCUUAAGUGCAUGUUUCCAGAUGGUACUCGGAUUUUUCGGCUUUUGGAGGAAUGCUGUCAGGUUUCUUAGUCCACUUUCUGUAGUCCCAUAUGUAACUUUCACUGGACUUACUCUCUAUCAUCUUGGAUUCCCAAUGCUUGCAAAAUGUGUCGAAUAUGGGCUUCCAACACUAAUUCUCUUGGUGUUCAUCUCACAGUAUCUACAUAGAUAUAUUGCAACAAAGAAGCCUAUACAUGACCGAUUCGCAGUGCUGUCCACGGUUGUGAUUUCAUGGCUAUUUGCACAGCUUCUCACUUCAUGCACUGCAUAUAACAACAGGCCAGAAACUACACAGACUAGCUGCCGAACUGAUCGAGCCGGACUUGUGAGCGCCGCCUCAUGGGUAUAUUUUCCUUACCCCUUCCAAUGGGGAAGUCCUACUUUCAAUGCUGGAGAAGCUUUUGCUAUGAUGGCUGCUUCUUUUGUUUCUCUAUUUGAGUCUACCGGAACAUUCUAUGCUUCGGCAAGAUUUGGAAGCGCAACGCCGGUGCCACCAUCUAUUAUCAGCCGUGGAGCUGGCUGGAUUGGAGUAGCUACAAUGCUGAAUAGCAUGUUUGGUUCUGUCACUGGAAGCACAGCAUCAGUGGAGAAUGCUGGUUUGUUAGCAUUAACAAGAGUUGGAAGCCGAAGAGUCAUUCAAAUAUCAGCAGGCUUUAUGAUUUUAUUCUCUGUAUUUGGGAAAUUCGGCGCGCUUUUCACCUCUAUACCUUUGCCAAUCUUCGCAGCCUUAUACUGUGUGGUCUUCGGCUAUGUCUCUUCUUCUGGCCUUGGAUUUCUCCAAUUCUGUAACCUCAACAGCUUCAGAACCUUGUUUAUUUUGGGAUUCACAUUCUUCAUUGGCUUCUCAAUUCCACAAUAUUUCUCAGAAUAUUAUCAUGUGAAGCAUGAAUCAGCUGGUGCAAGAUGGUUCAAUGACAUUGUGACAGUCAUGUUCAUGUCACAUACAAUGGUUGCUGCCUUGGUUGCAUUCAUUCUGGACAUCACACUGUUGCGCGAAAACGAUGAUGAUCGAAAAGACAGUGGAAUGCAAUGGUGGGAGAGGUUCACCAUGUAUAACAAGGAUGUUAGGAACAAUGAAUUCUAUUCUUUACCAUGCAGGCUUGAUGAGUUAUUUCCAGCACUUUAAGAAUGCAAUGUGUGUUCUGUUCUGUUUUUUGAGAAAGGUUUCUUGUAUUAGUUUCUCUCAUUACAUGGUUUCAUUGAACUUUUUAGGGAACUUGAAGUAAUAGUGCCAUUUUUCUUAAUGUUAGCACAUUAUAAUAAAACAUAUUUUUACAUGGGCAA